AUGUUCCAGCUGCCCAUCCUCAAUUUCAGCCCGCAGCAGGUGGCCGGGGUAUGCGAGACCCUGGAGGAGAGCGGGGACAUCGAGCGCCUGGGGCGCUUCCUCUGGUCCCUGCCCGUGGCCCCCGCGGCCUGCGAGGCCCUGAACAAGAACGAGUCGGUGCUGAGAGCCCGGGCCAUCGUGGCCUUCCACACGGGGAACUACCGGGAGCUCUACCACAUCCUGGAGAACCACAAGUUCACCAAGGAGUCCCACGCCAAACUGCAAGCCCUCUGGCUGGAAGCGCAUUACCAGGAGGCGGAGAAGCUGCGGGGCCGACCCCUGGGGCCGGUGGACAAGUACCGGGUGAGGAAGAAGUUCCCGCUGCCUCGCACCAUCUGGGACGGCGAGCAGAAGACACAUUGCUUCAAGGAGCGGACGAGGCAUUUGCUGCGGGAGUGGUACCUGCAGGACCCUUACCCCAACCCCAGCAAAAAGCGGGAACUGGCUCAGGCCACGGGACUUACCCCCACGCAAGUGGGCAACUGGUUCAAAAACCGCAGGCAAAGGGACAGGACCGUCACAGGGACGGGGCAGGUAGCCGGCGGCGGCGUGAAUAUUUCGACCAAGGGUUUAAGUGGUAUAAAGGAUGCUGCAUCUCCCGAGUGGGCUACGGAGGGACCCUCCGGCGGAUGCUCCGUGCCCCCAGCCUCGGCGAGGGCGCAAAUCAACCCCUUCCGAAACAGCGGCCGGGGAGGGGAGCGGAGCCCGGAGCGACCCUGGGAAGAGCAGCCCCGCUCCCCGGGCUCGCUUGGCUUGGGAGGAUCAGGAGAGUUGAGCAUCUCCCAGCCCCGCUUCUUCACCGCCGGAGCUCCACAGGGGCCGGGGUCGGGGCCGCGGCCACGGGGCUGCGCCGGCCGUGUUUGGCUGUACCGGUAA